AUGGACGACGAAGACGCCCCUCCCCAGUUGGUGGAUGUAUCCCAGCUACCAGCAUCAGCGCCAUCGACGUCAGAGGACACCCCGGAGGUUCAAGCCCGCGUGCCCAUCACGCUUGUGACUGGCUACCUAGGAGCCGGCAAAACCACCCUCCUGAACUACAUCCUUACCGAGAAGCAUGGCAAGAAGAUCGCCGUGAUCAUGAAUGUAGAAUUCGGAGAUUCCACCGAUAUCGAAAAGCCCCUCACAGUCAACCAAGAUGGUCAGGAGGUGACCGAAUGGAUGGAAGUGGGGAAUGGCUGCAUCUGUUGCUCCGUAAAAGACUCCGGCGUAAUGGCCAUUGAAUCCCUCAUGGCCCGCCGGGGUACCUUCGACUACAUCCUCCUCGAAACCACCGGCCUCGCCGACCCGGGCAACAUCGCCCCGAUCUUCUGGGUCGACGACAACCUGGGCAGCAGCAUUUACCUCGACGGGAUCGUCACCCUCGUCGACGCGAAGAACAUCCUACAUCUGCUAGACGCGCCGACCCCGGAGGAGACGGUGUCCAGCCACGCUACGACCACCUCCUCCAGCACAAGCCACGAUCAAGAUCACGACCACGACCCAAACAGCCCCGUCCUCUCCAUGGCGCACAUGCAAAUCUCCCACGCCGACGUGAUCAUCCUCAACAAAGCCGACCUGGUCACCGCGGCCGAGCUCGCGCGCGUCCGCGACCGCAUCGUCGCCAUCAACAGCGCCGCCCGCAUCCACGUCACAGACCACAGUCAGACGCCGCGGAUCGAGGGCGUGGUGCUGGAUCUGCACGCGUACGACCACCUCGACGAUGGGGCGGUCGAGUUCGCCCAGAAGGGGCAUAGUCAUAUCGAUCCGGCGAUUUCCACCAUCGCACUUACAACCGGCCAAAUCACCCCGGCGCAAGUCCCCCUCGUCGAUGAGUGGCUGCGCUCGGUUCUGUGGGACUCGAAGCUCCCGGCUAUCGCUGGGCGGGAGGCGCAAACCCCCAAGCUGGACUUUGAUAUUCAUCGGCUGAAGGGCAUCCUCGUGAUCGAGGAUGGAACGACACGGAUCAUCCAGGCCGUGCGCGACGUGUUUGAGAUCCGGGAUGCCGAGCCCGCGGAGGACUCCAAGACGCAGUGCAAGAUUGUGCUGAUCGGGCGGGGACUGGGGCCAGACGCGCUUCCAUGGCAGCGCAACUUCGAGGAAUACCUCAAGCGAGACGGGAAAUGAGGGAAUGAUACCACGAAAGAAAGAACAACACCACUAAAUUCAUUUUCAGAGUAAUACAGAUGUUACUGGAAGGUUAUGAAGAACCACUGUACAUAAACGGCCUUAACUGGCGCAGGAAAGGUAAACCCAAAACAAUAGUCAGCCGUCUGGUCGUUAGUCAUGAAAAGAAAUGCAAAGACAAAACACCAAACUCCACCCAAGAUUCUGAAGCUGCUGUCAGGUUCUGUCGUAUCUGGUAGAGAAGUAUCUCAUGAUCAAAAGAGAAGCCAAGCAAAUUGAAGGAAUGUCCACCGAUCACCUGGCAAGAGGUAUAGACAACACUCAAUAAAUCAGGUUAGCCGAGGAUAACGUGGCAACUCCAUUGCGCCAUGUGCCCGCUAGAGAGAAAAAAGCAAGU